AUGGAGUGGCGAGCGACAGUCAACAACAGAGAGGUAUCUAAGGACACGGAGGAAGAUGUCGUAUUGGCACCUAGCGCCUUCUGGCAGCUGCCCUUGGGAAAGAAGUUAGAAUUACGACGCAAAACUGCUCGCCAUCGCCAAGUGAGACCAGAUGAUACCGUCGUAGUCGCAUCAACAACCGAUCGUACCAAGAGAAACCUGACCAAACGAUUUGACGAUACCGAUAUAUCCUGGACCGCUAUCGAAAAGCAGCUUCUGAUAUGGCCUGAAUUUUUACUCCGUGGUAAAGAGUUGACGUUGAAAAUCAGUUUCAACUAUGUAGACGAUCGUCAUUCUUCUCUAUCUGCUGGGCGAAUAGGAGAGAAAAGAGGGAAGUCAUCUGUCACACAAAGAAUGCUCGGUGAGAGGGACGCACAGCUGGACGCGGAGGAAAGCUCUUCUGGCGGGAAACCAAUUUGGCGCAGCGUCUAUAGUCUAAUGUGA